GGUGCAUUGAAAGACUCUCUCCGUCCGUACUGGAUUUUUUGAUCCAUUGAUGAUACCUGUUUAAUAGCAGCUUCAUUCCCUCCAGCUUCUCCGUCCCCGAGGAGUCCGUGUACCAACAGUGACCAUGAGGUGGACUCGCAUCGGCCUAGCAGCUUCUAUAAGCUUCUGCGGAGCCUCCGCCGCCCUCAAUGGCAAUGUCGAAGCCAAAUUGAGCCAUUUGGCAGGCCCACACGAAGUGCGUCAACCAAACCUUCAGGCACUAGCGAAGCGCAAUGCGACCACACCAAUGUUGAACGUCCUAUCGCGGUUCCUCAAUCGCCGCCAGGCCGGUCGCUGCGGUGAGGAGGGAGGCGGAGCUCGCUGCCCGAAUAAUGAAUGUUGCUCAUCGUAUGGGUGGUGCGGCGAUGCGUUCGAACGCAUGUCUCCCCGGUCCUACUGCGGUGAAAUCGUGGGCUGCCAGCCGCAAUACGGUCGUUGCGGAGAUGCCCCGAUAGUCACUUCCACGCCCAUUCCCUCCUCCACUCCUGCACCGAGUUCAUCGUCAACGCCGGUUGUCCCGUCCAGCACGUCGUCUUCAUCCACGCCACCACUCCCCUCUGGUACUCUCAUCAUUUCGCCCAACGGGCAGUGCGGCAAUGUGACGACCUGUGCCGGAUCCGGGUUCGGAGACUGCUGCAGUGAAUGGUACUUCUGCGGCUCGAGUUCAGCUUAUUGCGGCACAGGAUGUCGCUCCGCUUUUGGUAGAUGCGGCGGUGUCCAGCCUUCGCUGUCUUCUUCCCAACCGCCGAUCCCAAGUUCGUCGACAUCGUCGACCCGCCCGCCGACCUCUUCUCCAUCGCCUACGCCAUCGUCCAGCUCCACGUCGUCGUCCUCCUCGAGAACUUCGUCCAGUUCUUCUGCACGACCCACGCCGACGGUGCCGGUUAGCACAGAUGGACGCUGUGGUUCCGGUAUCUCCUGCACUGGCUCGACCUUCGGGAGGUGUUGUUCAGACUAUGGGUGGUGUGGCAACGAGAUAGAAUACUGUAGCGUUAACUGGGGAUGCCAGCCCCAGUGGGGCGAGUGCGGCGUGCAAUGAGAAAUGCGGAUAUGAGCAUAGAAUGUGGCUAGAUGAGGCGGUUGUUCAGUUUUUGGUGUAUAUACUUUCCCCUUUUGACAUAGAGGGCCGCCUCCGUGGCAGAGAGACCGUGAUGCGCACUUGUGCAUGAAUUCACG